AUGUCCAAGAGAAGCGCAGGCAGCAACGGUAUUCGCAUUCCCGCAAUGGCAGCGAGCACACCGGUUCUGGACUCACCGGGUACUAAAGAAACCAAAGUCUCCCGACUAAAGCCCGUCGCAUCAGCAAGCCCACCCCUGCCAUCGCCCACCACUAUGCUCGGCGCCUCAAGAAAAGACCCUUUCGACGUCCUUCCGAUAACGUCGUCUGAUAUGGAGCUUGCGGAUUACUGGACCAACAAACUGACCUAUUGGUCUGGCCAGAAUAAACACAUCAAGGACUGCGCUUUCAAAACCGCCAUGGCGCACCCGUUAUCAUUUCGAGCGGUCAUACUCGCAUACUGCGCUCGAUGGAAGGCUCAAUUAUACGACCAUAGCAACGCUAGAGAAAUUGAUUACCAUCUCACCAAUGCCAGGAAAGGAGUCGAGGAUGCUGUCAACGGCCGCAUCCAGAUUGAUGGCGACAGCUUAGCAAUGGCAUUCGCAGGCCUCGCCCUUCAAGAAGACCGUUUUGGAAGCAAAGAGAAAGCUGGGGAGUACGAAGAGCAGGCAGUUCAGAUCUUUCGCGCCGGUGCUCGUUCCAGUGGGCUCGCGGAAGUCUUCCUCCAUUACGUUCGAUAUGUUAUGAUACCUUCUCCUCAGACUUUGACCCGUUCAGAAAACAGUCAAGGUUGGCUCGUAACCUUUCUUCGCGCGGCAGAAGGCCUUAUGCUCUCGCACAACAACGACGAUUACCUGACAACUUGCCCCCAACGCCGUAUAGCUUUCCAGAUGGAAAGCCCCCUUUUCUCUCUUCUCUCGAGCGGGCCCCGCCCUUCCCGCGUGCCCCACGACUCUCGCAUAUACGUUGUUCGCAACGUGCCCACCCAAGAAAUUACUCGCACUGCGGCGCUCAUCUACAUCACUGCGGCGCUCUGGGACUUUCAAGAUUCACCCGGCAAAACACAGCGCUUUCUAAUCUACUUAAAUAACCUUGUUAAGAAGCACGAGUUGGACAGGUAUCCAGCAUGCGAGAGCUUCAUAUGGCAUCUUCUUGAAGAAAACUGCGAUAUAGAUUUGAAAGAUUCGGAACGUGCGUGGUCAACUGGUGAGCUGUUGACAAUCCAUAAACGGUUACCCCCAGAUCUGCAAUUCCAGUACAACGAGACACUCUUUAGUUUUCUGAUGUUAGCCAAGCCGAUUCGCGGUGUAGAGGCCUUUGAGAAGGAGUUGGUUGCAUUCUCCGAGGCAAAAGGUUGA